UCCAAGAUGGCGGCGCCCAGAUCAGUCAGUGAGCGGUGGCUCCGGGACGGUUUACUUGCAUUCUUUUUCUUCUUGCACGUCUUUUCUUCCGUCGCCGGCACAGAGGAAGGCGCCGUCACGGCCGAAUUCGACGUGAGGCCUGGGGGAAUGGUCCACUCUUUCUCCAAGAGCCUGGGAGAUUAUGAAUGCACUUUUACCUAUGCCGCUCAGGGCGGGACAAAUGAGCAAUGGCAGAUGAGCGUUGGAGUCAGUGAAGACAACUUGCUCUUCUCGUGUUCAGUCUGGAGGCCCCAGGGGAAAUCCUACCUCUUCUUCACCCAGUUCGAGGCAAAGGUGAAGGGGGCGAAGAUCGAGUACGGCGGGGCUUUUUCCGCGGCCGCAGCCAGAGGACAGAGUGACGUCCCCUUGAAGGAGGAAGAAUUCCACGUGACCGAAACGGCCGUCUCCCACAAGGAAGGCAAAUUCCGCUCGGAACUCUCCAAGCUGGUGAUCGUAGCAAAGACAGCCCACGACGAGCUGUGACGCUUGAGCCAGAAAGCGCCGUGCCCCGCCGGGAACAAUACAGUGGAAGAAACGGACGUGCCGGCCGAUAUUUUCUCCGAUGAGGACUGUCGGGUCAGGAUUGGGACUACACUAUUGUACGCUUGGGACUCGGAGGCAUUUCCAAAGCGUUCCAAACCGCUGUGAGAAUUCCGGGGCGUGCGGUCUGUUACCUUCUGCUUCAGUGAUCCAGCGACUACCAAAAGCACCACUCGAGGUGGGGGAAAUAAGCAAGGGAAUCCCCACCGCCUUCCGUACUUAUCUAGUCUGUUGCUGCAACGGUGGGAUGUCACGGAAUUACUCUUUACCCUUUUGGCUCCUCAAGAAAAUUCUCAAACCAAAGCGUGUUUUCUCCCCCCCCCCAAUCUCCCUGCCUCCCCC